GUUAGUUCGUGACAUCAUAAUUUUGUUCGAGCGACCUGAAUUAUCAGUGUUUCUGGAGCGAUGAUUAUGAUUCAGAAAAAUAGUAGAGCGAAGAUGUCUUGUCCACAAGAACUGUAAUCUGUGUUGAUUGAGUGACUUCGUCAAACUAGAGUGAUGCUCAUUUUGAAAAUAUUUCCUGUUAGUUUAUGAAUUCGUUUGAUCAUGCUGAACCUGAAGAAAGUGACUCAGAGCCUUGCUUAUCCUUCUCUUAGUUCAACAGGUAAUGUUGGGGUCGUACGUUCUCAGUGCUAAACCUAGAGAUUAAGACAGACCAUACCUACGCAUGUCUUUUUCGGCAUUCUGUGCAACAACCCCCCUCGGAUGUGAAUAAGUAUAUCAAUCCGCAAUUAUCUGACGUGUCCGAACCAAAUAUUACGGCUUUUAUUGGUUUUCCGUAUCAUUUUCUCCACAUUGAUUCUGUUAUUCAUUCAAGCGAUAGAUAGAAGAGUCUUCGUGUGCUUUGCUCCUUACCCAACCAAGAAAAAUUUAUUGUAUCAUCUGUAAGCGAUAUUUUUAUUACGAGAAAAAUGGCAGGUGAUGCACUCAACGUUGCUUCUUCGCCAAUCGAGAGCCAGCUGAGCCCGGCUGAUGUCGUAGUUUCCGAUAUAAUCGAUACUUCGCGCCUCUCUGGGCAGGAUGUGGAUGCUGAGCAUUGUUUCGAGCACUCUGCUAAGAUAGGUGCGCCGCCCUUCGAGUUCUUUUCUGACGCCACCAACUCGAUCCAACAAACAGGGCCGAGUGAUAGUGCCGGAGCUGCCCGUGCGAACGCGUCACAAGCUAGCCGCUCUAACGCUUCACAGGCGAGCCGUGCUCGGAUCCCACGUGGCUGGUCGAAGUCGGCUGAAGUUGCCCGUCGCAGUACGCGAGCCGACGAUGUUGUGGAUAUUGACGUCGACUUCGGUCACUCAAUCAGGAAGCCUUCCUACCCCGCCUUUCGGGAGGCCAGCCAAGACGCAUAUGCCGCAGCGGUUGCGGGUGUCCGAAGGACGCAGAGACGUUCAAGAUCACCGGAGAAUGGCGGUCGUGGCUCCACGAAGGGAGUCGGAAAGCGUCAGUCGAGUCCAUCUUCUGGCGUCAUGACUACAGGCAGCAAGCGGGUGGAGAGUGUGAUGGAUCCCUACAGUUUCAUUGAGAAGUCUCAGCUUCCGAUGCCGGUUAUGAGUGCUCCUACUUCUGCCAAUCACAUUAUAAGUCCAAAUUAUACGACUACAGCAGGAGCAGCUACUGGCGCUGGUACAAGAACGAGCAAAAAUUCAACUCCGGCCCUGCUUCAGCCUCAUAUUGAUGAGAAACUGACUACCCGGGAAACUUUGGAGAUGUUGGUGUCCGCGCGAGAAAGACAAGCACAAGCACAGAGAACAUCUUUGUUACUACCCCCGCAAGAUGAUGCUGGAGUAUCCCAGGUGUCGGGUCGAGUGCCAGAGGGCGCGAUACAGCGUAUGCAUCAGAGCGCUCCCGCGGUCAAGUAUUCUUUCAUGGCGUCGCGCUCUUCAGGAGGAGCACAAAGUUCGGGAGGACAGGCUCUUUCUGGACAGUUUAUCCCGGGAGGUCCUCAGCAGCCUGGCAUGGCCUUUCAACCACAGGACCCGCGGGCGAUGUUGUCCUCAGGUGUCCGCGAUCCAAACGUACUAUUCACUGAGCAGCAUCAGCAGGUGCACCUGCGCAACGAUGCGCGAGCCUUGGUGGACUUCUACGGACAAGCGCAUGCUAAGGCGCUAGCGGCUGCUGCGCAGGACGCACAGGACGCCGCUCGCCGACAUCAUCCCACGCAGGCUGGUGGAGCUCGAGCUGGUACAUCAACUAGUCCUCUGCCAGGAGGCGCGUUGCGAAAAAGCUCUCCGCAACGGCCUCAAAGCGUUUCCUUUUCGGCUGACGUGGACGCUGCGACCAGGUCUUCUCAGGGUCGAACGAAUGCAGGUCGAGGUUCAUCGCGAAGCCCAUCGCCCCCGCAAGCAGAAGCAGGCGGUGGGACACGGCAGAGCAAGGCGACUGCGACCACGACAAGCGACUUCUUGUUUGAUGCGCGUGCACGCGCAGCUGCGCGAGGUGCAGCGAAGAGACGGUCUGAGGGAGGCGCGGCGCCGACGACGAUGGAAGGGCUUCACGUGGUAAUUGAUGCGAAACAAAAGGCUGACGUGGCAAAAGUCGGGUUCAGGGCAUCGGCAGCGGAAAACCUCGGUCUGGACAGUUUCUUUGACAAAGACGGCAUGCCGUCAUCAAUGGGGAGCGGGAAUAAUGUCAGGAAAUCUAUCAUCGCGCAGACGAUGCACUUGGCUGCGGAGGGUCCGGCGCCGCUAACGGAGAGCGAGCGCCUCGACCGAAUUGUGGAAUUCCAAAAAAAACAAGCGAGCAACUACCGCUACGUCGGGUCCGACGGGAAAACCCUUGUGCAGGUGAGCAAAAGCUCACCAGGCAUCAACGACCAAGUGCAAGCGCGCACCCCAGUGACAAAUCGUCCCAAUGCGGGAAAGCCGACGUCGCAUUUUCCAGCCGAUAAGAAUGCCCUGGUGCAGAGUCAAAUCCCGAAACAGGAAAAAUUUUCAAUAAGACAAACUCAGCAGGUAGAAGAGGAAGAGUCACCCACGGAUCUUCCCCCACAGCAGACAAUGGGCUCUCCGGUAGAGACCCUGGUGGAGCGCAGUCCGACUGCUGCAAAGCUGGCUGAGCCGGCGAAAUUCGGCCUGUCCGAUGCGGAAGCGAAGCAAAUCGAUUCCGUUAUGGACAUGCUGGACCGUCCGGAUUUUAGCAUGGUCGGGGUAAACUACGGGAGCCACAUCAAAGAGAUCGAGGCUGCGGAGGGUGACGCGGAAAAGGGACUUUUACCGGAGAGCAUCCCAGUCAGCCACGCUCCCGGAUCGCAGGAAGGACUGGGCGCAGACAACAUGGACGGCGAUUUCAUGCCGUUCAUUCCGUGGCAGAUGAAGAAGCACGCGCCUUUUAUGGAGAGCUUCAAGAAGUACAUCCGCGACGAGCGUGAGAAAAAACUGCAGAAGACAAUGCGCAGUCCCCGUGGGGAACAACUACAAAACCAACAAGAGGGGGAGGAAGGCGCCGUGGCUGCUCCUGGAGGAGGCGCAGAAGACGAGGUGACCGGAGAGGAGAAAAGACGGCAGCAGACUUCGGUCGAGCUGUACGGCGCUCCCCGUAGCCCCUCGGUCAUGGCGGACCCACGCUUCGGCAAAGCAUCCGCGGGGGGCGCGCCCGUCUCGCUCUCGGGAUCUCGGGUUGCCCCACGAGAGCUUGCCUCCAGUCUGAGCCAGGGAAAGCCACCCGGCGGCAGCAUCCGAGCUAGCAGCAAAGAGCGUGCGAGCAGUAAGCAAGGUAAAGGUCGUGGACCUUCCAAGCAGUCUGUGGCCCCGGGUGCAGGAGGAGAGGAAAGGGACCCCACGGAGCGGUUGGCGGCACUGCGCAAUGACAAGUCUAAUGCUCCUCAGCCGGAGAGCAGCAGCGAGGAAGAGGAGCUCCCCCUUGACCCCUACGGGCCUCAGUACAAGGCCAAGCGUGGGAUUGAAGGCCAGCUGCUGGUGAACCGCAAGGAGCAUCACCUCGUUGCGGAGUUUCUGCAGCGCGCACCGGCAUACUUCAGGCAAAAACGGAACGUGCUCUUCAUGAACGUCCACAAAUUUGCGGCCAACAGGUUCGCAGACCGCGUGAACCUGCCCACUGCGCAGCAGCAGUUUCUCCGAGAGUUGGAUUACGUGAACGUUGUCCUGGACCGCGAGAUGCAGGGCGGCAAAGGGGACCACACCGAGGUCGCCAAAAUGAUCGAGGAGCGGGAGGCGCUGCACGCGGAGGAGAAAUACAAGGUGAUGCAGGAGUGCGAGAACGUGCGCACGCUCACGAUGCUGGUGAACGCGAUGGCCGACAUCGACGACGAGGGAAAACGCAACUCGAAGGUGGAGCGUGCGGAGAUGGAGCAACGCUUGUUAGAAGUGCGUGAGAAGAUCGCGGCCGACGCGGAGGCCGCGGCUCUCGCGGAGCAGGAGGCUCUGGAGGACGCGCUGGAUGAAGUCGCGCGAGGCUCCUUGAUGGGCUCCGGGGCCGAGGAUCUUGUGGGAGAGGCCCAAGACGAGAAUGCCGAGGAGCAUUUCCAGGCGGUCCAGGAAAGUCUAAAAGCGUCACAGAAGUCCAUGAUUUUGAAUCGCUCGCUCAAAGUGCAGGAAAAGGAAUUGGGCACGGACGACAAGGGCAAGAAAGGUGCGGACGGAAAGGGGCGCGUUUCUGUCAAGGCGAAAGAUCGUCCUUCAAGCACGGCGAACAAGAAUAACAAGGACAAGAUGAAGGACGAGAAGCAGGACAAGGAGAAGGACGAGGGUGAUAAAGGUCGCAAAUCUUCGCGUAAGACCGCGAAGGAUUCUCCGCGGGGCGUGGGCCGCAAAUCUUCCCGUAAAACCGCGAAAGAUUCUCCGCGGGAGGAGGAGAACGGGAGCCAGAAGAGGAAGAAAUCGAGGCGAGGCAGAGAGGGAGAGACUAUUGUGAAAGUCGCCAACUCCAACAAGCCGUCGGGAAUUGCGUAUCAGAAUGUCCUCGGGGAACUCGUCGCUUCGAUGAAUAAGAAAAGUAAUGACAAAAACCUGAUAGAUGAAGAGACAAACAACAUGCAGCCAACCGGUCACGACGAUCUUGCUGACGAUGCGGAUCGAGAAACCACCGACUCCCAUCCAGACCACCCGUUCGUGCUUGCGGAAGGCGAGCAGGGCUAUUUAGGGGACUUUCCCCACGACGAGGGAGAGGAGUCUUCGGCAGGAAGUGACGGAUGGAUCCUGAAAGACAUGCACAAAAGUGCGAAAGAGGACGCGCUGCGGCAAAAAAAUGUCGAGGACAACGCGCGGGGUCUCAGUCGUGACAAAUUUGCGUUUCUGAGAGAACAACAAGUAGAGCAGCCGCAAGGACUUUUCACAGGUGCUACCAGAGGUGCGGCGAAGCCGUUGCCGCGCGCUGAGGGCGAGAGUGCACCGGGCGGCUACUACGACUACGGCAAAGGAGGUGGCCCAGCACCAGACCCGUACUACGCCAAUUACAAUUACGGCGGAGCAGAGGAUUGGGGACCAGAGUAUCCGCAAGCGGCAGGAGGAAUGUACCCUAACUACAACGUGGGCUACAAGGGUGGCAAAGGCGGGGGCGGCAUGGACUAUGCUAUGCGCGCAGGCUUGCAGUAUGAACUGGGUGGGAAGUCGAACCACUGGGCCGACCAGAAAGGGGCUUACGUUCCGGGCCCAGGCGCCGGCCAUCGCGGGUACGCGCAGGCGCCGGUGGACAACGUCGCAGCCUACGGCGCCGCGUCCGGAUACGAAGAUCCCGGCAUGCUUGGCCUGGGUCCCAACGCAUGGGACAUGAUGGGUCUUGACGACUAUCGACAAGGAAAAAACUGGGAUGCCGGUAAAAUGCAUCCCGGAUUGGGAAAGAAAGGCGGAGUAGGCAAAGCUCAAGUCACAAGGAUGGGGCACAUGCAGGCAGUGGGAUGUCACAAGAAUGUGGGGACUAAUGCUUAUCAAUGGACUUACUAACUCCUGAACAUCAAAGGAAUGUGAAGGGAUCCUACUGAUAUUGCGAUAAUCACUGAAAGAAUAAAAACUACGUCGUCCUCGUACAACUCGUUGUACUUCUGGUGUUGCUGAUGCACGACUUGGAAUUGUACUUGCUUGAUAUGAUGUGUAACAUCUUCUUAUCCAUUGCGAAACGCGAAAAACUGUUGUACUUGUUGUAUGUAACUGAGAACUCCAACUUGGUAGUUGGAGUUUUUUAUGCGAUCACAAAAAUCAGACAUAACAUGACAUGAAGAUGAUAGAUAUUCACAGGAUGCAUAGACAUGCAGUUUAAUGAAAAUAAUUAACGAUGGAAUUCUCUAUCUAAUGAUGAUCUCUCUUAUAUGUUGUACAGGGAGGACAACUGCAGGGCGGCUGCCUCUGUGAAUACAAACACGACUACAUACGCGCCACUAGCAUGAAAUGAAAACGAGUGGAGUAAAAAUUUGAAAUUUGUUUUCUACAACUAACAUUGACAUCUAAUGAUAAGGCAUUGAACUUGAAGUAUGUGCUGUUGCCGAUGCUGAGGCUUUUAUCUAUUUUCUAUCUUUGCCUCGAGAUUGACAAACAGAAAGCGUCAGACAUGGAUCAAAAAACUAACGAUCAAUGAUGAUUAAGUUGAAAUUGAAUCAAAAACAGGUUGGAAACAUAAACUAUCGGGUGAGGACCACGUAAGUAGUCUUCG